GCCACUAAUGAAAAAAAUUGUAUUGUCAUUGUUUUGUCAAUAUUUUUUGUGUUUGUUGCACAUUUUUCCAUCAAUUUUCUCAGUGAAUUUCCCAAUAUUUCGGCUAAAAGGAUGAAUUAACUGUGAGAUUAACUAAUGCAGAAAGCCCCAAUGUCAGUGAAGUGCAUGUGUAUUGUGUAUUUUCGCAAAUAUUUGCCAUUUCUGUGAUAACAAAAGGCGCGACUUGCUGUUUUUUCCUUUCUUCGCCACCAUUCCGUUAGUUUGAUUUUCCUCCCCUGUGAAAAUUUGGCCUUUUCCCAGUUAAAUUCCCAGUCCAAUCUGUCCUGCAAGGAUGUCCUCGCCUCAUCAUCAACUUCAGUCCCAGUCUCAUGAUCCAAACUACUUGGUGCGUCUCCAGAAUCUGCGUCUGGAGGAUCAGGAGGCCAAUUACCGACUCCAGCGGGGUUUGGGAGGGAAAAAUGUGGCACAUCAGAAGAUCGGAACGUACUUCCCUACAAACAGCCCCACUCACUCGCACUCACAUUCCGGCUCUUCACAGCAUUCCGAUAGCCCAAGGGCCAGUUAUACGGGUCCUCCGAUGGCUCCUGGGCCCGUGUACGAGAACCUGGAGUACCUGGGACCAGACCAGGGGGCCUACUAUGCGGGAAAUUUUGAUUGUGGCAACAAGAGAGCUCAGCCACAGGUACCGGUGUCGGGUUCAAUGACAUCUCCAGCUCCACCGGGCAACUUGGGUCGAUAUGCGCACACUCCGCAACCCGACAAUGAACCUCAGGUGCACAUUUACGAGAAUCUGCACAUUGUUUCCGGUCAGAGAGCUCAGCCUCAGGCAUCCCCGGGCCAAGCCGUGUACUACCAUCGCACAGACAGUCCCUCAGCCACUCCCUCUCACUCCUACCAGACCACAAUGGUAGCCCCUUCGGUGGCCACCAGUCUCAAUAAAGUGCAACCCAAUGGAAGCCCCCAUCAUUCCCACAGCAGUUCAGGCGCAUCGGCAAAAAGUCACUAUUCCCAGCUCAACAGUUUCCCGCCAAAAGCCGCCAUGGUGCAGUUUCAUCAUCCUCCAAUUCCCCUCUCGCAGGCCCAACAAUCUCCCCAGACUCCACACUAUCAGCCCAUGAAACCCAUCAUCCCCAAUCCCAUCUAUCAGAACACCUCGGGUAGCCCCCUGCAGAAUCCAUCGGGAUGCUACGAAUUCCAGAAAUCACCCAAACACUUUGCCUAUCUGCCCCAAGUGUACGAUCCCAAGAAAUACACCCCAGUUCAGAAGGUCUCUUCCACUCCAAAUCCUCCCAAUGCCUCCUAUUCCGAAGAUAUCAAUGGCUCUGACUAUGUCUGCAUGUCGGCUGGGACUCUGGGUCAGAUCCAUUCCCAGGCAGCUCCAGUUUUCUCCACAACUUCAUCAACUAACAAUCCCACUAAAGUCACAGCUCAUGUUGCUGGCCCAGCCAGAGCCAUUGCACCGCCGGCGCCGGUGGCCAAGCAGAAGUCAGAUAGUCUACCUGAACCUCUGCCACCGAAGCCUCAGUGCAAGAAGCCCCCAUCGCCACCAGCACAGUGUCAGGGGCAGAAGCAGGGUGGAGGAAUGGAUAGGGAAUCCUUGGCAGAGGCAGCUUCGCCAACGCCUUCCCAACACAGCACUGGGAGUGGAUCCGGAAAACCCAAAGGUCUGUCGAAGAACCUUCUGCCUUAUAAUGUGACCCCACCUCGAGGAACUGGCCCAACUGAGGCUGAACGCAAAAUUGAGGAGCUCACGCGACAACUUGAGGAGGAAAUGGAGAGGAAUGAGGAACAAGGCGAAUAUUUUGGUAUUUGUCACACUUGCGGAGAUAAAGUGACUGGAGCUGGGCAGGCGUGUCAAGCAAUGGGCAAUCUCUAUCACACCAAUUGCUUCAUUUGCUGCUCCUGCGGCAGAGCACUGAGAGGAAAGGCGUUCUACAAUGUUCAUGGUAGAGUUUAUUGCGAAGAAGAUUACAUGUAUUCUGGAUUUCAACAGACAGCGGAGAAAUGUGCAAUUUGUGGACAUUUAAUCAUGGAAAUGAUACUACAAGCCAUGGGAAAGUCUUACCAUCCGGGUUGUUUCCGUUGCUGUGUGUGCAAUGAAUGCCUCGAUGGGGUGCCCUUUACUGUGGACGUCGACAAUAAAAUCUACUGUGUCAACGACUAUCAUCGAAUGUUUGCGCCAAAAUGUGCCAGUUGCGGCAAAGGUAAGACUUCCACAAUGCAAAAAAAAAUUAUUGAUCCAAUGACUAAAGAAGAACGAGGACUAAACGUGUACAAUGUCUUAGGCAUAACUCCUGUGGAGGGAACCGAAGAGACUGUACGGGUUGUGUCGAUGGACAAGGAUUUCCACGUUGAUUGCUACAUCUGCGAAGAAUGUGGCAUGCAGCUGACAGAUGAGCCGGACAAGAGAUGUUACCCAUUUGAGGGGAGACUCAUGUGUCGAGCCUGUCACAUUCAGAAAAUCUCAAUGCAGCCCCAUAAUCGCGUUAUUGAGCCCGUUUCAGCCAGUUAUCAGUACAUGGGCUGAACGGACGGGUAUGAUAAUAACAAUUCAAAAGACAAAAAAGACAUGUUGAAAGUAAUUUAAAUUGUAAAAUUCCGGAUUUGUCAGACAAAUUUUGUAGGGCAUAUCGAGCAAAAUGGCUAAACUUCAAAUUCCUCUAACACAGACUAUUUAUCCUGAUAAUGCAGAUUAUUUAAAAAACAGAAAAAAGACCCUUGCGAAUUUUCAACACUCUACAGGUUAUCCUUCAAUUACUUCGGCUUUAAUAAUUAUUAUUCGUAAAAUAGGCAUAAUAUAUAUAUAAUUAGACUUGUGUACUCAAAUAUUUAACACACAAUAAAACUUUCCAUUGAGAAAAAA